GGAUGCCAAUCGUUGGCAUUAGCACUGGGCAAUCGAAACAACUCAAGAAUGUAUCGUGCUCCUUUCCUUCUUCUACUUGCCAUCGUGUGCCUCGGGGCUAUUGUCAAUGGAAUGGCAAUGCCACGAAACGAUACGUCAGGCUCAAACUCGACGACUGGAAAUGACACAAUGUCUUCAGUACCAACAACCACCUCCUCUGGUUCACUCGCCUUCUUCUCCAGUCUACUUCUACUUCCCUCCAUCCUCCUCUCACUUCAUUUGUAG